AUGCGCAAUCAAACCGUCGGCCUCGGCUUGGGAAGUCUGGGUGGUGUACCAUUAGGAAACCCGUACUUAUCCGGCAACCCAGCUUUGCAGUUCAGUAACCCAGUUGGCCUAAAUGCAAAUGCUAUACAAGCAGUUUCUUUGGGCAAUCUCAACAAUUGCCUGGGCGUAGGCCAAAACCUCGGAUCCCCACGCAACGAUAACUACAAAGCUCGCAACACUUUAAACACACAUAGAAGCGGCCGCCUUGACAGCACCACAAGAAGGAAUUCAAAUGGUAGCAGUUUGGGCGAUGAAGAUGCCGACGAAGAAAAUUCGUUGGGGCUUCGCAGGAACCCCAACACUAAAGCUGAAGGGGGAGUUAAGAAGGGCCAGCCUCGGUUGGAGUAUAAGCGUGUUGAUCAGGUCUGGGACUCAACGAUUCACAACUUCAAGCUCCAGGACACGGCGCAGACCAGCACGAAUUCACGCUAUAACGAAUAUUUGUUCCAUGUACGCCGUACUUUUGACUGGGAGGGCAAGUACAAAGCCACGGUGGUCGACAUCAAGAGCAAGCAGCUCCGCGAAGCCUUGCGCGAUAUUAUAGGCACCACAAAAGGUCUCACAUUGGUUGAAGAUACCCCCAAGCUGGACCCCAACAUGCUUUUCCUUUAUCUUGAGGACCUUCGCGAGCACAUGACUAAUCUGAAGGACCUUGAACCCGAAGGUAAGGACAAGAAGGAGCGAAAGAAGAUACAAAAGUGGAUUGAUCAAAAACGUCGCCAUCUCCGCAUCCUCAUAAAGUAUCUUGAUGAAGACUAUGCUCAGGUCAAAAAGAGCUUAUAUCCUCUGCUCGAGAAUGGUCUCAUUACGUUUGAUCUAUGUUGGGCUCUGUGGAAGCCCAACACUCUUGCCUACACUACCACUUAUGGUUGCGCUGAUGAACCUCGAAUGUUCAAGGUGGAGAUGGCCAACAAGCACUCUAGUAUGCUCAAGGGAGACUUUUUCUACGUGGAAGGCAAGUAUUUUGAGUACGAUGGCAAGCAAUUUGGAUAUGGCAGUAUGGCCGAAGAGAUCUCAGACUUCCGAGGCGCUCGGAAAAUCACCAGUCUGAACUGCUACCCGCUCAAAUAUCACAGCAACGAAGCCCAAGUACGCAAGGACCUCAUCGAGCGCGGAAAGAAGUUUGUGAGUCUUGCCGGCUCUCAUUACAAAAGCCAUAAAGGCCUCGCAUACUACAAAAAGAAGAAGGCGGUCAUCAAAGUCAACAUCAACGGCCGAAUCAUGGUUGAUCCAAGCACACAUCGUCGCACCAAUCCAAACUAUCCCGUCUCCCUUGUGCGCCCCAAAGAUCACGAUCUUCUAGAAGAUUUCGACGACAGCGAUGAAGAAGGCGGCUGUUGCGGCUCUGACUCUGAUGACGAGGCCGCCGAUGGCGGCAAGGCUCUGAUCGACGACGAAGACCGGGCCAAGUACGUUACAAAGGCCAUCAAAGACAAAGAUGGGAAUGUUAGCAUGGUACGCAUCUCGAAGGACGAUCUCACCAGCAACGACAAAGAUUCGUUAGAAGGCCUUUCGGGUAGAGAUGACGAUACGUUGAACACGGGUGAGACCAGCGACGAAAACGACGAUAAGAACGCAGUUACCCGGGACUUUGGGGAAGAGGAAUACCUCAUCGCUUCACCCGUCGUGCUGGGCUUUGCGUUCGCCGAAAAGCUUUGGCUCGAGCUGUCUGUGAGCGGUGUCAAGGAAAUCUCAUGGAACGACUCGGCCUAUGACUCGCUUGUGCUUGAACCAAAGACGAAGGACAUAGUAAGAGCGCUCGUCGAGUCACACAAGUACCAUGCCGCUGAGAGCAUCGACGAUGUCAUCCAGGGCAAGGGCAAGGGCUUGGUCUUCGUGCUCCACGGCCCGCCCGGAACUGGCAAGACUUUGACGGCCGAAGGAAUCAGCGAGUUGCUCAAAUGCCCGCUAUACAACGUCUCUGCUGGAGAUCUCGGCACGGACUCGCGACUGCUGGAGGGCGAAUUGCAGAGAGUCCUUGAUAUAUGCCAUGCGUGGGGCGCCAUCCUACUAUUGGACGAGGCGGAUGUGUUCCUUGAGAAGCGAAAUAUGCACGAUAUCCAUCGCAAUGCCCUUGUCAGCAUAUUUCUACGACAGUUGGAGUACUAUCAGGGCAUCCUUUUCCUAACUACGAACCGCGUCGAGACGUUCGACGACGCCUUCCAGUCCCGUAUCCACAUCGCACUACGAUACGACGAACUCGACACCAAGGCGAAGAAGGCCAUCUUCAAGAUCUUCGUCGAGCGCGUACGCAGUCUGCAGGAGAUACCGAUCACGAGCUUCACCGAGGAGGACUAUAAUACCCUGGCUCGUCAUGACUUGAAUGGCCGGCAGAUCAAGAACACGAUCCGCACCGCCCAGGCUCUGGCCGUGAACCGUGGCGAGCCGCUGGGCAUGAAGCACAUCAUCCAGUUCCUCGAUGUUCUAGGCAAUUUCGAGAAGGACCUCAAGGGUGGUCCUGGUUACCAAGACGCCAUGAGGAGCUAUUUCUAG